AUGCCUCCGCCUCUCCAUCCGGACCCCGGAAGGAGUGGCGAGGAUGGAGGUCCAAGAUCGAUGGUGGACGACCGAGGUGGGCAGCGAGAAGAGAAGACGACAGCUGAUGACCAUGAACGGCACCUCGAACGCGAAAUAACGGAAGAAAGCGGUCAAAACGCCAGAGAAGGAGAGCCCAAUGGCCGGGAACAGCAAACAAGUGCGUCAUCAGAACAAGGUGAGUAUGAGAACGCCGAGAAAAAUGAAGAGCCACGAUAUAGAAGUGAGAGUGACGAUGAAGCUGCUUCUGCAAGUGGGGACGACGAGCAGAGUCAAGAUAGGAGGGACACGCAGGAGAACAAGCAUGGUGAAGCGGGUGAGGAGGCCAGCCAAGCGGGAUCUGCUGAAGAAGACAAGCCAGAAGAGGGUAAGACUGGGAUUCCGACGGAAGAGAUUUGGACAGCUUUAGUUUCAGCUCUGAAAGCGCACCCUAAGGGGACCUACUUAGUGGAAUGGAAGAGCACGGUGAAAACACUGUUCAAAAUUGAGCACGACAGACUGCCAAUUCGAUCGCACCUUGUGCCGCAGCAGAAACAACGAUACCCCAACCUAACCGACGCAGAGGUCACAGAUUUGCUGGAGUUCAUAGCUGUCGCGCAGGAGAAGGAGCCGAUGCAGUAUGCAGAUUGGCAACGUAGAGUAGCUAUCAUCUGCAAGAAAUUGUAUGCGGAACCCAGAAUGCUGUCGGACAUACUCGUCCAAACCACGAGUCAGUUCAGAUGGACCCCAGCACCAGUACUAGACAAGUGGUCUCAAGUAGUCAAGGGUUUUAGAGUGCACGAGAACACACCGCAGGGGCAGCAUCGAGUGGAAUUCAAACCCUUCAUGUUCAAUCCGCCCAAGACGACAUCAAAAGACUCGAGUCGCUGUGCCUGCGACGGAGUGAGCAAGGAAGUCAGGGUCAGUUGA